AUGAAGGAUAUCCACAGCAAGGGAAAUCUACUGCACAAGGACACCAUCUACAAGGAUGUGGUCGUUAUUGGUAAUGGACCAAGCGGUAUAUCGCUAUCGUACAUGCUGGCGGGCCACUGGCCUUACUGGUCACCGGAACGGGCCCAGAAACAUCCGGACGAGUUGUUGCGGGCACGGUUGAAUUACUACGACUCCCAGAAGAGCCUAGUCGAGCAUGAUCUGUUCAGUCUGGCCGAUGGACUGGAAGGCCGAAGCACAAAUCCCGUUUCACUGCUGCUGGAUAGUCUGCAGCAUCCGUGUGCGGAUUUGGGAAUGGAUCUUCCAUCGAUGGUUGACUACCGAUAUCACCCAGAGAAAGAGAUCGACCAUCUCGUUCUGGGACGCGGACCGCCCGGUGGUUCUUGGCACCGUAUGGAUCCAAACCUGCGCACCCUGUCACUCGCCGCCUGGAUGUCCCUUCCCGGACUCCCGUACGCCGAAUGGGAAGCACGCCACCCACCGGUGGAAGCCGAUGUGGCCGUACAGUCGACUCAAACGACCACCGAGCUGCUGGCGCACGAUUGUAGCAGGUGUAACGAGUUGAUGAAACGCGCCAAGCGCACAGGACAGAAAGUGCCCUUAACCAGAUGUGGCAAAUGUAGCCGCAACGGAACACACCCUGAUGGGAACAAUAACAGUGCCGGAGUGGUCAACUUCGUGGACCACGAGCCGGCCAGUGGUGGCAAUGUGGUGGCCGUUUUGGACGAACGCAGCGGGAAGGUGAACGUGAAACUUCUGUGUCCCCCACGGAGGAACCUUUCGCUAAAGCGGCAGGUUUCGAAGGAGGUUGAAACGCGUGCACUAAUAUCGCGGGUCGCGCAGUACUAUGAGAAUUACGUUACGGAGAUGGGCCUGGAGCGGUACUUCAUGAACGAGACGAUCGUCACGACGGUUGCACCGCUGGAAGGGAAAUGUGGAACGAUGCUGUCGGAGCGUUUUCCAAACGGUCGCUGGAUCGUAGCUGGAUUCAACCGAAUGACGAACAAACGCUUCACGAUCGUAUGCCAAAAUCUCGUGCUAGCAAACGGGGCUUCCGAUUUGGCGAACCGGCUGGGCGUAAAGGGUGAAGGAUUGCAGAUGCCGUGGGUGAAGUACGAACUACCCCAUCUGGAGCGAGCGUUGGAAAAAUACGACGAUCAUGCCCGCACGCAAAUGAAACCGGUGCUGAUCGUUGGAGCUGGGUUAAGUGCGGCCGAUGCCGUAACCAUUUGUCGCUCAUCCGGCAUACCGGUGGUUCACGUGUACCGAAAUCGGACGGCCGGUUUGGAUAAGAUGCUGCCCGGAAAUGUCUAUCCGGAGUACCAUGAGGUGCACAAGAUGAUGAAGGACUCGAACCGAAAGCACGAGCUGUACACUCCUCUUCCCGAGCACACGAUCGUUGAUCUGUGCAGUGGACCUGAUUCGCAUCGUGUUACGGUGCAGCAUCUUAAGACGGGCGAACGGCGUGAGCUGGAUGUGUCCUACUGCGCAAUUCUAAUCGGAUCCCGACCCGAUCUUCGUUUCAUCUCGUCAGUAACGAGUGCAAAGAGUUCGAAUGUCAUCAGCAGCAUUGACACACCAUCCGGACUGCCUGUCGUUCUAUCGUGCGCCGAAUCCGAGACUGAAGAAGAAGGGGUCCUGAAUGGUUACUUCACUCGCCAACAGCCGCAACCAUUGACCAUGUGGAUGUUCACCGAGCAGCUGCUCUCGUCGUGCCUCGGCCGGAAGAUGUACUGGCUGAAGAACAUGUGUGCCAAAUGCAAACACAUCAACCUCACCGAUAAACCUCGCCACAAGCAACAACCGUACAACGCCCUCUGUGCCGCACUCGGUGGCCACUGUCAGCACCAGCAGGACGUCGAGAAAGCCGGACUAAAUCUAAGCGCGGCGUCCGGUAUGGGCCUUGGGGAGGAUCCGACGAAACCGAUCGACUGCAAGAACAAUCCGAUCGAUGUGGAUAAGUACACGAACGCGGUGCAGCGGACGUCGCAUGCCGGUUUGUACGCGAUGGGACCGCUGGUAGGGGACAAUUUUGUGCGAUUCAUACCCGGCGGAGCCCUCAGUAUUACGGCCGCUUUGCAUAAGCGCACCGAAAACGAUUGA